AUGUUGCCUCAAAACAAGGACCAAGGGCUGCUACAGAAAGCAGCGCCCCCUGGGCGUCCCCCUCAGGGCCCCUCACAACUUGUGGACUCCCUUCCUCAGAACCUUCAGCCUUUGCCUCCGCAGAAAUCGCUCCCUCUUGCCCCUCCACCUUGCUCCCCUCCGCCACAGUCCCACUCUCCUGGCUCCCAUUCCUCCUCUUCUGACUCAAAUUCUGACUUCGUCCUACAACCCUGCUCUUCCUCUCUCCCAAGUUCCCCCGCUUUCUUUCAUCAGAGUUGCCGGUCUCUCUCCCUUCCACGUUCCUCCUCUCCCUCCUGCCAUCUAUACCCCUCUCCGCCCCCUGCUCAGUCCUCUAAUCCCUCUCAGCCACAGAACUCCUCUCUCCCACCCUGCCAGUCUCCUUUCCACUCCGAAGACCUACCUAGCUCCACGCUCACUUCCCACAGCCUCAGCCUACCUUGUCCUGGGGUCCACCCCAACAGGCAGACAUGGCACUGGCAUCAGCACCAGGACACCCGAUCCCCUGGGGCGGCGGAGGGAUGCGUGGCAAGCGAAAGGGACGCUGCAGAGUUCAGGAACCCGGGAGCCCUGGCCCAGGCCCUGGUGGUGCAGCUGGGGUACCGUCGCAUCGCACACGACCUUCGGUUACUCAUUUUGCAGAGCCUGUGGCUAGGCAGAACCGACCAGCCUCCGGUUGUGGAGUACCCUAUAUGCCUGGUGUGUCUCCGGCCCCGCAGUCCCUCUUGCCCCACCCCCAGGUACAGGACUGGACCCCGGCUGCUUGCCUUCCCCCAGCUACUGCCCGGUGCACAAGACCAGGAAUCGAGACCACUCCGCAUAGGCAUCGGCUUUGCUCUCCGCCUGCCUCAAGGCCAGGCCAGGACGUUGCAUCUGUUGCCAGAAAGAAGACCGGAGGAAGCAGGACCUCAGGGCGAGGCCAUGCAGGCCCCUGGGUAUCAAACCCACGCAUUUCAGGCCCCAGCAGCUCCGGCCUGGGCAGAUUCAGCCUCAGGCAAACCCUCCCUGACCGGGAGCCUCAGGUCUGCAGGCCCUCCAUCACCAAAUUCCACUCAAUGUUCAGGGCCUCCGCGUCAGGCACUCAAACAGGCCGCGGUCUCCCUGAAGCCCGGGCUUUCGUCGGCUCCAAGGCCUGCCUCUCCAGAGCCUAUUCUCCAAAAGUCGCCAUCCUAUUUCCAGAGCCACGGAGGCUCACUGGAGCACCUCUUCUAA